AUGUCGUCAAGUAACCGCGAGUCGGUGGCGUCAGUCCAAAAUACUAGCGAAGAUGCCCACGCAGAUGUUGCUGUAGCUGUGGAGGAGCUCGUCAACUCACUAUCACACCGCUUUGCUGGCGUCUCAUCGGAAAUCUUUGCCAAACUUGACGAAAUGUCUAGAAGACUGGACAAGUUGGAGGCAGAUCUCAAAGAUGGCGGCAAAAAGGACGCCGCGUCGAAAUGA